AUGGCGAUUAGCCGAUCACAAUUCGAUUUUGACACGUUUGGGGUUGCCAGAUUUCAAGAGAAUGAGGACGUAUCCUGUUUAAGAGAUAUACACCCUGGAGCUCCCUAUCUCUAUCUGGUGGUACCAACUAAACAUGUGGGUAAUUGUAAAUCACUUAGAAAGGAGCAUGUUCCAUUGAUUGAGAAAAUGGAGGAGACAGGGAAAAAGAUUCUUCAGAAGAACAAUGUCACUGAUUUCAAUGAUGUUACGUUUGGCUUCCACUGGCCUCCAUUCUGCUCAGUCACACACCUGCAUCCCCAUGUACUUGCACCCGCCAGUCAGAUGGGCUUCUUGUGCCAUUUAGUCCAUAGAUUAAACUCCUAUUGGUUCAUCACAGCUGAUCAGAUACUCCAAAGGCUGAACUCAAUGAGUUGA